GAAAUCAAGACAGCUAGUUUGGUACCUCCUCCAGUAUAAGGAAGAGGUGCCUUUUAGCUUUCUGUCUUCUUCUCCUUUCUUGUCCUUGCACUUUCACUCAUCGUAAUAAUUCUAAAAAAAAAAAAGCAAAAUACACAACAAUAUGGCGAUAUUAAGUCGGUUACUGUCGUUAGCCCUUCUCUCCUUGUUGGUUUCUUCUGCAAUCGGAGAAAAAACUAAAGGUGUUACCUAUGAUGGUCGUUCAAUGAUCGUCAAUGGUGAAAGGGAAUUGCUCUUUUCUGGUUCCAUUCAUUAUCCUCGUAUGCCUCCUGAGAUGUGGCCAGACAUCAUCAGGAAAGCUAAGGAAGGAGGUCUGAACCUAAUCCAGACUUAUGUUUUCUGGAAUAUUCACGAGCCCGUUCAAGGCCAGUUCAAUUUUGAAGGAAAUUAUGACGUGGUGAAAUUCAUCAAGGCAAUUGGUGAACAAGGCUUGUAUGUAACCCUCAGGAUUGGACCAUAUAUUGAGGCUGAAUGGAAUCAAGGAGGAUUCCCGUACUGGCUAAGGGAGGUUCCAAAUAUCACAUUCCGUUCUUAUAACGAACCAUUCAUCCACCACAUGAAAAAGUACUCAGAGAUGGUCAUUGAUUUGAUGAAAAAGGAAAAGUUGUUUGCUCCCCAAGGAGGCCCCAUCAUCAUGGCUCAGAUCGAAAACGAGUACAACAAUGUACAACUAGCAUACAGAGACAAUGGGAAGAAAUAUGUAGAAUGGGCUGCUAACAUGGCUACUGGAUUAUACAAUGGUGUCCCUUGGAUCAUGUGCAAGCAAAAGGAUGCCCCUGCCCAAGUGAUCAACACUUGCAAUGGAAGGCAUUGUGCAGAUACUUUCACAGGUCCAAAUGGUCCCAACAAACCUUCUUUGUGGACUGAAAACUGGACUGCCCAAUAUAGGACUUUUGGAGACCCACCAUCACAAAGAGCAGCAGAAGAUAUUGCAUUUUCUGUAGCUCGUUUCUUUGCUAAAAACGGAACCCUUACAAACUAUUACAUGUACUAUGGUGGAACCAACUAUGGAAGAACUGGCUCUUCUUUCGUAACAACUCGUUACUAUGACGAAGCUCCCCUCGACGAAUUUGGUUUGUAUAGGGAACCAAAAUGGAGUCAUUUGAGAGAUUUGCACAGAGCUUUAAGACUAUCAAGAAGGGCUCUCCUUUGGGGAACUCCCUCUGUACAAAAGAUUAACCAACACCUUGAGAUUACAGUUUAUGAGAAGCCUGGAACUGAUUGUGCUGCAUUUUUAACCAAUAACCACACAACUUUACCUGCCACAAUUAAGUUCAGGGGUAGAGAAUAUUACUUACCUGAGAAAUCUGUUAGCAUUCUCCCUGAUUGCAAGACUGUUGUCUACAACACUCAAACGAUUGUCUCUCAACAUAAUUCAAGGAAUUUCCUCCCAUCAGAGAAAGCAAAGAAUCUUAAAUGGGAAAUGUACCAAGAAAAAGUCCCAACCAUUAGUGAUUUGUCACUUAAGAACAGGGAACCUUUGGAACUUUAUAGUUUAACAAAGGAUACCUCAGAUUAUGCUUGGUACAGUACAAGUAUCAACUUUGAUCGCCAUGACUUGCCUAUGAGACCUGAUAUCCUCCCCGUCCUCCAAAUCGCAAGUAUGGGACAUGCAUUGUCUGCGUUUGUUAAUGGCGAAUUUGUUGGGUUUGGACAUGGUAACAACAUUGAGAAGAGCUUUGUUUUCCAGAAGCCUGUCAUCUUGAAACCUGGAACUAACACCAUCUCAAUUUUGGCCGAGACAGUGGGCUUCCCGAAUAGUGGAGCCUACAUGGAAAAGAGGUUUGCUGGACCUAGAGGUAUAACGGUUCAAGGUUUGAUGGCUGGUACACUCGAUAUAACCCAAAACAACUGGGGACAUGAGGUUGGUGUAUUUGGAGAAAAAGAGCAAUUAUUUACUGAAGAGGGUGCAAAGAAAGUAAAAUGGACUCCUGUAAAUGGUCCUACUAAAGGAGCUGUUACUUGGUAUAAGACCUACUUCGAUGCCCCAGAAGGCAACAACCCAGUGGCCUUGAAAAUGGACAAAAUGCAAAAGGGUAUGAUGUGGGUCAAUGGUAAUAGCCUUGGUCGUUAUUGGUCAUCUUUCCUCUCUCCUCUUGGACAGCCCACUCAGUUCGAGUACCAUAUUCCAAGAGCUUUCUUGAAACCAACGAACAAUCUUCUAGUCAUCUUUGAGGAAACCGGUGGUCACCCUGAAACCAUUGAAGUACAAAUAGUAAACAGAGACACAAUUUGCAGCAUCAUUACUGAAUACCAUCCUCCUCAUGUCAAAUCAUGGGAAAGAUCCGGUACUGAUUUCGUCGCGGUCGUAGAAGAUCUCAAGUCAGGAGCACACUUAACUUGCCCCAGCAACAAAAUUAUUGAAAAAGUUGAGUUUGCUAGUUAUGGUAAUCCAGAUGGUGCAUGUGGAAACUUGUACAAUGGAAAUUGCACUUCUAUUAAUAGUCUCAAAGUUGUAGAAAAAUAUUGCUUAGGCAAAAAUACAUGCACAGUUCCAAUUGAGAGAGAAGUAUAUGACGAGGCGAGCAAGGACCCAUGCCCUAAUAUUUUCAAGACAUUGGCUGUUCAAAUGAAGUGUGGGAAUAAGAAUUAGGGCCAUAUAUAUAGGCUGAAAGUUUGGCUAUAACAUAUAUUAAAUGUAUAUACUAGACUUUAUGCCUUGUAUUCACAGCUUCAAUUUGUUUUGUAUUACUUCAAAUAAAACACAAUAUUUCAGCAAUAUUAGUCUUUGAUUUAUUUA